CACAUUACAGCGGGGGGUCUGUGACUGGUCACGCCAUUCACAAGCUCCACCUUUGGGAUAAAUCAGCGGCGGCAUCUGUGCGCUGCUGUCCGGUCAGGACACAUGUCGGAUGGUGUGUAGCGUUUGGGUUUCCAGCCUCCGUCUUUUUUUACAUUAUCUAGCGCUCUAUGAAGGUUUUUGUGAGAAAACAUACACGGAUCAGCAUUUAUCCGCCGUGUGCGGUCGUUGUUAGUAUGUCACGCUGAUGACUGUGGACAGGAUGCCCGCCAGCGGCGCCGACAACUCGCUGAAAGUCAGCGCCUUCAUCCCGGUGUGCACCGCCGCCUGCCUCCUGGUCGGUUCCACCUCCGGCUUCUUCGUCUUCACGUGCCCGUGGCUGGCUCUGACCAUCUCCCCUGCUGUGCCACCAUGCUGUGCUGUCGUCUUCCUGUUCGUGCUGGCCAACUUCACCAUGGCAACCUUCAUGGAUGCCGGUGUGCUGCCAGUGGCUAACGAAGACGAGGACAAGGAGGAUGAAUUCCGUGCACCGCUGUACAAGAACGUGGAUGUGAAGGGAGUCCAAGUUCGGAUGAAGUGGUGUGCUUCCUGCCACUUCUACAGACCGCCGCGCUGCUCCCACUGCAGUGUCUGCGAUCACUGUGUGGAGGACUUUGACCAUCACUGUCCCUGGGUGAACAACUGCAUUGGGAGACGAAACUAUCGCUACUUCUUUCUGUUUCUGCUGUCGCUGACAGUGCACAUGGUCUGCGUUUUCACAUUCGGUCUUAUCUAUGUCCUGAACCACAUGGAUGACUUAUGGAAGCUUCACUGCACAGUCACUUUGGCAGUGAUCAGUAUAUCAGGACUCUUUCUUAUUCCAAUUCUGGGCCUCACCGGAUUCCACCUCUACCUGGUCUCCAGAGGACGAACCACCAAUGAACAAGUAACAGGGAAGUUUCAAGGAGGAGUUAAUCCUUUUACACGAGGUUGUUGCAGCAACCUGGAGUAUUUAUUUUGCAGUCCCAUCUCUCCAAAUUACACAGAAAGACCCUGGAACAAAACAGCCGUCCACAUUCAGCCUCCAUUCCUGAGACCAGAGAUCGACGGGGAGACCUCACCGAAAGUCAGGGAUAACGGAAUACAGAGUAAAGAUGUCCAAAAUAAACUUUCUACAGUUGGAGAUAUUGAGCUGAAAACUCCACCUCCUAUCCCACCCAAACCAGACCACAGCCUCCUCAAAAGUCAAGUGUCUGCUCUUGAUGAUACGGGGCACAAUACCAAAACCAUCAUUCCCGUAUCUAUACCCACUGUACCGCAGCUGAGACCAGUUUUAGAGGCCAUAUCCAGAGGAUCUUCACCCAUUCUUCCAGAGCAGUUGCUGAAGACAUCUGAGCAGCAAGGGAACAGCAAAGGACCUGAUGUCAGUUCUGAGUCCAAAGGAAGCCCAGUGAGAAGGAGCCCCCAGAACAACUGGUCUGUUGAGGCCAACACAAUCUCCAACCCGCUGCAGGCCAACCCUCUUAUACUCAGCUCCCGCUCUCUUGUCCCAAAACACAACAACAUCCACAGCAGCAAGUCCCAACUGCCUGGUGUGCUUGCGGAGGGUUUGGGUUCCAAUCCCCUGCCAGUCUUGACCUCUCCUUCCAGCCUGCUGACCAACCACAGCAGUGGCUACCCAUACAAUAGUCUUGUCAACCCUGCAGAUCCUCACCUUGUGGGAAAAAGAGGGGCUCCUUCAGUGGGGUACCAUGCACAUUUUAUGAUCCAUGGUACAGAUGGGUCUGUGGUGCCGCGAUCAGCUCCUCAUGCCUACAGUCCCGUUUUUGUUGGUGUCACCAGACACUCUCCUCAACUUAGAGAGCCCUCACCUGCCUUGCAGGGUCUCACAUCCAGGGAUCCUUCACCUUCCUUCCAGGGUUUCAUACAGAGAGAUUCUUCUCCUGGUUUUCAAGGGCUGUUGACAAGGGAUCUCACAUCCCAUCCUGCAACAUCACAAGAUGCAACCCGUCCAGGUCUGGGCAUUCGUGAUAUGACAUCUCAGUGUCUUCGAGACAGCCUUUGUGAUCUUGGCCCACAUGGCUUAACUCCUCAGAAAUCUGCAGCCGCACGCUAUGACAGCUUUUCAAAAACCUUCAUAGCAUCAAUCCACGAGAGAAAAGAAAUGGAGGAAAGAGAGAGAAUGCUGCACCUUCAGGCCAGAUCUCAGGCACUCUAUGGCCCGGAUAUGGGUAUCUACGACAUCCCCAGCAGGCGCAGCCUGCCACCAGACAACAUCCGACCUCAAGGUUCCCGUGGAGCAACUCCACCAGCCUAUGGCUCCCGUGAAUUUCUGAUGAGUACAGGCAUCCUGGGCUACGGGCUGAGGACUUCGCCGCUCUCCAGUUCCUCCACAUCGUCGCUCACUCGGGGUCUUAAACCAUCCAGCUCUCCUCUGCACAGCAGCAGCAGCCUGCAGAGUAAAGGCAGAUCAUCACCUCCAGCCUGCGGCCCUCCUGACAGCCAAAUGCAUGCCCUCCCCUCCUCCACAGCUACCCUGCCCCGUAUGCCCUCCACCGCUGCCUCCGCCGCCACCUCCUCAUAUGCCACUUAUGGCACAAGAAAACGAUCCUCAAUGACAUACUCCUCCAAAGGGAAGGACUCAUUCACCCAGGGAGCUCAGAAAUAAAAUUAAAAAAGCACUCUGUGUUUGUAAUGGUGUGAAUGAAUCAUCUAUGC